AUGUAUUCGGCCGGCAUUGAGAUCCUGGGGAUGAUCCUGUCAGUGGCGGGCUGGUUAGGGGUCAUGGUGGCCUGUGGUCUGCCCAUGUGGAGGGUAGCCGCCUACAUCGGUCAGAACAUCGUCAUCUCGCAAGUGAUCUGGGAGGGCCUGUGGAUGAACUGCUCGGUGCAAAGCACAGGUCAGAUGCAUUGUAAGGUGCACGACUCCAUGCUGGGGCUGCCAGUGGACCUGCAGGCAGCCCGCGCCCUCGUCAUCGUCUCCAUGGUAAUGGGCAUCGUGGGCAUCGGCCUCUCUGUGGCCGGAGCCAAGUGUACCAACUGCAGUUCGGACGCAGGGAGUAAGCCUCGAAUUGUGCUGGCAGCUGGGGUGACCUUCAUCGUGGCAGGGCUGCUCUUGCUGGUCGCCGUGUCCUGGACUGCGAACGCCAUUGUCCUGGACUUCUACGACCCGCUACUGGAAGAGACAGAGAAUCAAAGUUUCUUUUUUCUGGGUCAAAUGGCUGCUGCGGGAUUAGAGAUUCUCGGGGUGACUCUGGCUGCCCUGGGGUGGAUUUCAGGAAUCGUGUCCUGUGCUCUGCCUAUGUGGAGGGUCUCAGCUUUCAUCGGGGUUAACAUUGUCACAGCUCAGAACUUCUGGGAGGGCAUCUGGAUGAGCUGUGUGGUCCAGAGCACUGGACAGAUGCAGUGUAAGGUCUACGACUCCAUGCUGGCUCUGAGCACUGACCUGCAAGCCGCUCGGGCCCUCACCAUCAUCUCCAUCCUGGUGGGCAUUAUGGGAGUCUUGGUGGCCGUGGUGGGGGCAAAGUGCACCAAUUGUGUGGAGGAGGAGACAGCCAAAGCGCGGGUCAUGAUCACUGCUGGAGUGGCCUUCAUCGUGGCCUCCCUGACCCAACUGAUCCCUGUGUCCUGGUCAGCCCACACUAUCGUCAUGGAGUUCUACAACCCCCUUAUUCCUGAGGCACAGAAGAGAGAGAUUGGAGGAGCCCUUUAUCUGGGUUGGGCGGCAGCCGCAUUCCUGCUCAUAGGGGGCUGCAUCCUUUGCUGCAGCUGCCCUCCACAAACAGAAAAGAGAUAUGCCCCCCCCUCAAGGAUUGUGUACUCCCCAAACCGGUCUGUAGCACCCAGCGGCUACGACAAGAGAGAUUAUGUCUGACCUAGCACCUGGCAACUUCUCAUGCUUUACAAGACGAGGAAACACUUGAUGCCACACUGAACUCAAGAUAAAUUGUGUGAUACAAUAGCUACAAUAACUGUGUUUAGGUUUUAUGAAGGCAAAAGACUGACAGCAGACUAAGCCCAUUUUUAUGAUGUUCUCAUGUACAUAUGAAUCUCCAAACUUGAUAUACUGCAAUAGAUUUUUCUAUAACUUGAGUAUUUGUUAAAAAUGAUGUACGUAAAGUGUACUUCAAUCUGAACAUGUGGUGUACAUACAGAAGGUUUUGCAGGAGAAAUGGUUGACAUUGUUAAAAUCUUCUUGGUAACAUAAUGCAUUUCUGACAAAUUUUGUGUGUAAAUGUUGUAUGACUAUUAUGUCCGUGACACAGGGCAGCUUUUGUUUAGAGUACAAAUAUUACUGUCAAAAAAGUUAUUGUUUUGAUGUGAUGUUUGUAUGUGUGAAA